UUCUUAUAUACAAAAGAUAGAUUGAAAAAAACUCCAUUCAAUUUCAAUCCCAGAUUUUUUAAUUGAAGAAAAUGAGAAGAAAGUGCAAUUUGGAACUCACUCUUUCUCCUAGCAACUUCUUAAUGGAGGAUCAACAAUUAGAGAAUGAGCAAUCACAACAGCUAACAAUAUUUUACAAUGGACAAUUUGUUGUUUCUCAUGUUACUCAGCUUCAGGCUAAAGCUAUAAUAUAUCGUGCAAGUAGAGAAAUGGAGGAGAAAACAAAUAAGAUGUCCGAGCCUUCAUCACCAUUAUUACAAACUCAAACUGGUCGUUUCAUGAAUAAAUCGCUACAAAGAUUUCUACAAAAGAGAAAAAAUAGAAUUCAAACAACUUCGCCAUACCAUCACUAGUUGCUCCUACUGAUGAUAUUAGCUCC